CAAGAUGAUAAACUGGGAGAGGAUACUGGCCGCACAGAUUGGUGCCAGGAAAAAUCCAGGAAAAGGGAAGGCACCUCGUCUCUUCCCUGAAGCUCUCUCUGCUCCCUCUCUUCUUUGUCUCUUUCCAAUUCAAAGCCCCGCACACACGCUACCACCACUGUCCGAGAGACAUGGAACUGCCUCUGGUUAGUGCUUCCCUGGGUGCCAUGGGCUACCUUGCAGGGAAGCUGGAGCUGGAUCCACUCCUUGAUGUGGAACUCAAGCUUGAGGUGUGGAAACUCACAAGCAGGCUGGUGCUGCACUCGGAGGCACGAGAGUCUCCCGUAGAGGCCACGAUCUGGAUGAAGGAUGUGCGCGAGCUAUCCUAUGACAUGGAAAACUGCAUCGACCUUGCCGAGCCGGAUUGGGUCGCCAGGAUGUCUGGAUUCAAGGCCCGUGUGAAGGAGGCCAAUGAGCAGUACGAUAGGUGUAUGCUUGGAAGCAUCCCCAUCUGUUCAAAUGCUGCAACUGAUUUCCAGAUCCCAAUCGUUGAUGGCCGAAGGAGGCCAGACCUGCCAGUCGUCGGUCUUCAUGAUGGUCUGUUUGAUGCCCUCUACCAGUGGCUGACCGAUGAUGAUAAGGAGCUCAAGGUGGCAUCCAUUGUCGGUGUCGGGGGAAUCGGCAAGACCACGCUCGCCAAACAGCUAUGGCAUAAGCACAAACCUGGAGGCUACUUUGGCUGCCGGGCCUUUGUGCGGACGGCCAAGAAACCUGACAUCAGGAGGUUCCUCAGGAGCAUGCUCGCACAAGUUCGUCCGCACCAACCACCCGACACUAAUGAGGUGCACGAGCUGAUUCACGACAUCAGGCAGCAUCUACAAGGGAAAAGCAGAUACUUUCUUAUAAUCGAUGAUUUAUGGGCUACAUCUGUAUGGGAUGUUGCUAGACGGGCUUUCCCGGAGGGUAAUGGAAGCAGGAUAAUAACAACGACUGAAAUUAAGGAUGUUGCACUUGCAUGCUGUCGUUAUCAGUCCAAAUCCAUCUAUAAGAUGGAACCUCUUAGUGUCAAUCACUCAGAAGAAUUGUUCAUCAGAGGAGUGUUUGCCUCUGGAGAAGAAAAAUCUCGCCAAUUGGAUAAAGUGUGGGAGGAGAUAAUAAGAAGAUGUGCUGGUUUACCACUGGCAAUUAUUAGCAUAUCCAGUGUUCUAGCAAGCCAAGGGGAAGCAAAUACAAUACAUCACAUGGAGCAAAUACAGAACAUUUUACCAACAAAUACAACUCAUGUGGAGGUACUCAAACAAGUACUCAAUUUUUGCUACAACUGUCUUCCCAGUCAUUUGCAGACAUGUCUGUUGUAUCUCAGUUUCUACCCAGAGAACUAUAUAAUCUUGAAGGAAGAUAUAGUGAAGCAAUGGGUAGCUGAAAGUUUCAUCCUUGCGCCAAGACAGGAGGACAAAAUGAAGGUUGCUGGGAACUAUUUUCAUAAGCUUCUCAAUAUGGGCCUGAUCCAACAUAUAGAAGUGGGCUAUAGUAAUGAGGUAUAUUACUAUGCAGUGCACCCCAUGGUACACAAUCUCAUUACAUCAAAGUCUAGAGAAGAGAAUUUUAUGACGGUAAUAGAUUAUUCCCAAAGGACAAUGGGGUUUUCUAACAAGGUUAGUCAUCUGUCCCUUCAGUUUGGCAGUGCAACACAUGCAACUAGACCAGAGAUUAUCGGACUGUCACAAGUUCGAUCACUUGCAUUUAUUGGACUAAAGAGCUGCUACUCUUCCAUUUUGGAGUUUAAGGUUCUUCGAGUCCUGAUCCUCCAUAUUUGGGCUGAUGAACCAAGCAACACCGAUGUCGACCUCAAUCCCACCUCUGAACUGGUUCUACUGAGAUCAUUGCAGGUUACAUGCAACGACACCAUACAUCUUCCGGAUCUGAUGCAAGGUCCAAAGCACUUGGACACACUAGAAAUAAAUGCAAGGGUGGCAGCUAUUCCAGCCAGGAUUGUGCAUCUCCGGAGCUGGUUGCAUCUCCGUCUCGGAGUUGGGACAGAAGUGCCUGAUUUGACUGGUACCCUCAAAAUUGUCACCAGCCUAAACCCUCCUAUUUCAUUGGACGACACCAGCUGCCCUCAUGAUUCAGUGAUGACAAUGGAGUUGCUGUCACCCAUCUGUAGAAUCCCCAAGUGGAUUGAACAGCUUGCCAACCUAUGCAUUCUGAAACUUGUCCUCGGAGAAUUGCAAAGUGAUCAUAUUAGUAUCGUGCAACGGUUGCCAUCCCUUACUGUUCUCUCAUUGCAUGUCCAGAGACGAACUACAGAACCAAUCGGCUUCGGCACCGGAGCAUUUUCUGCUCUCGAGUAUUUUGAGUUCAGGUGUGGUGUGCUCUGCUUGAGGUUUCAGAAAGGAACAAUGCCCAAUCUUCAGAGGCUGAAACUAGGUUUCAAUGCCCACCGAGGAGAAGAGUAUGGUGGUUCGCUUGUCGGAGUUGAAGGUCUGUCAAACGUCAAGGAGAUUUCAGGAAUGAUCGGGUCAGCUGCCGGUGCUGUGGAACGUGACUUGAAGGCUGCAGAGUCCGCAUUCAAGAAAGCCAUGGGCAGGCACCUUAACGUGAGUAUAGAAAGAGCAGACAUGGUUGAGGAACUGGAUGUUCUGGCUGAAAAACAGCAUGAGAUCCCUGAAGAACCAAAACAAGAGUCUCAGGACGCGCGUGGUCAGGCACAAAAACAACAUCCGACCCAAGGGCAACCCAUGUCAAAAUCAAGUGAACAAACUGGAAUUCUAAAACAAGUGUAUCAUUACAUGCGUGGUCUGGCAUCUCGGUCGUUCAUUAAAAGAUCUGGACCAGCAGAAUUGAGAAUCAAGGGAAAGGAUGAUCUGCAUAUUUUAUACCAACUGUUAGUUUCCAAUAAAGAAACAGGUCUUGAGAAGCUGACACUUGAGAGAUGCCCACCUCUCGAGUUGAAGCACCUUCUGAGGCUAACCAAUCUGAAGACAUUGAUUGUAAAACACUCAGAUGGUCUGGUUGGAUCACAAGGAGGAGGUCAGGGUGAUGUGGAAUGGAAGCUCCCUGUUGAGUAUAUAAAGAUCAACGACUUACAUGGUAAUACUGGCGAGGAACUGACAGAGCUCCUCCCCCACCUCCCAAAGCUCUCCAAAUUGGAAAUAUUUGAGUGUGAAAACAUAAAAAAGCUGGUAGUGGGGGUGGAUGUGCAACCAACAACACAAGAAACAUCAGAGAUGGGGGGAGGUGAAAUAACAGCAGCAGCAGCAGCAGCAGAGGAAGAGGAUGACGGGGUGCUGCUCUUCCCAGCUCAUCUCUGUGACUCACUAAGGGAAUUGGUGUUCUAUGACUGCCCAGAGCUGGUCCUGGUGGACCCGCCAACUCUUGUUCCUGGAGAAGGAGGGUUCCAAGCUUUGCGAUCCCUCCAGAGAUUAACAAUAUUGCGGGCCCCAAAGUUGCUAUCCACCUUCUCCUUUUCCCGACACCUUUUUCCUUCCUCCCUGCAGUUCCUGAGCCUUGUAGGUGUGGAAGGCAUGGAGACACUCGAGCCCCUCUCAAACCUCUCCUCUCUCACCAGAUUAGAAUUAAUUCGUUGUGGAAAGGAUCUGAAAUGUCAGGGCUUGUGGUCUCUCCUUACCACCGGGGGCCAGCUCAACAAAUUAAGAGUCACUGGUAGCCAUAGAUUCUUUGCUGAUUGGGAUCCCAAUCCCAGACGGGCUUUGGAGGAUGCUGAGGGAGGUGAAGAGUGGCAGACACAGCUUGUUUCAUCCACACUGCGUGAGCUCUGGACAGAUGACAUAGCAGGACUUCUUGCUGCACCCGUCUGCACAUUCCUCUCUUCCUCCCUCACCAAGCUGCAACUUUGGGGGGAUUUGUGUGAAGGGAUGGAGCUGUUCAGCAAGGAGCAAGAGGACGCCCUUCAACUCCUCUCCUCCCUCCAGGAACUAGAGUUUUGGUCUUUCAAGGACGUUCAACAACUCCCUGCAGGGCUGCGUAACCUUACCAGCCUCAAGAUAUUAUCAGUCAAGUACUGUCCAGCCAUCUCGUCAUUGCCCAACGAUGGCCUCCCUGAUUCACUGGAAAAGCUAUAUGUCCGCCACUGCAGCGAGGAGCUAGAUGAGAAGUGCAGGGGGUUAGUGGGAACCAUCCCAGAUAUCAUAAUAAUAUGAUCCAAGGACAAUGCCUUGGAGUUCCAUGUACAUUCUUCUAGCCUUGUAGAGCUCUUCCCUUCCCAUUCAAACACAUGCAUGACACAAGGGCUGUGGUCUUCCUUUUCCUGUACUUAAAUCUGGUGUUUGUUCGAUCUUAUAGGCUUCUUCAUAUCUUGCAUUUAAAUUUGGGUUAUUGUUAUUCAUCAAGACGUGGCAGUCUGCUCCCCUAUUUUGGGUGUCACGAUCAAAUCAGCAGUAGGACAUCAGUAUGGAACAAUUGAGACUUCGGGUCAAGCUACUGAUAUUAAAGUGUUCUUAUGUUUGUUUGGUGGGCUUUCAAGCCACUUAUGUUUACAUUUUGUCCAAAACUCAUGAAGACUGAAGGUAUGCCUGGAAAAUCUUCAGUUUUAGGGACCAAGGAUCAUUUGGCAUAGUUAUGGAAAACAAUGACUUGUCAGUGUUUUGCUGCUGAUCAUGUUUGCAGUUUUGCCAUCCAGUGGCGUAUAGGAUCAUAGGCAGUACCGCAGUAGUAGCAGUCUCAAGGCAAAUAGUGAAUCAGGAUGUCGAUUAAUGCCGGGAAUUUACUUGGUGCCCUGCCCCCAACUAUUUACAUGUGAAACCUGCCUAUCUAGUGAUGAUCAAUCUCCUCGGAAGCAACAGAUUGAGUUGAGGGAAAGGUGUGGUUGACUGAGGCAGUCUUCUUCCACUGCAAUAGCCACACACGAAUGGUGCUGGUCGGUGGAUGCAGUUUUAGCUACUUUCAACUGUUCCUCGUGACAUCCUUGAUACCUUGCCCCUCAUUCUAUUCUUCCUCGGACGUGUACCAACCAAAUCCCUCUAAGCGCACACUGGUCACCCAAGAAUUGCUGCAGCCGUUGCCAAUAGCAUCCCCUAAGGCACAUUGUGAAGUUGUUGUUGCAGAAAGAUUUUUCGAGGGUCAGACAAACAAGCCAUAAGUGAAUGGCUUAUUAUUAUUUCCAGAAGAUGCAGCUUAUUAUGGAAAACUUGCACUGCAAAGAGUCAGCUGCCAAGGAGGGUGAAAUUGCUAAGGCACAAGGAAUAUUCCGUGGAAUAUAUGAAGCCAUGCUAAGGAAGAAGCAGCAAAAUCGCAGCCCAUGCUAAGUGGAAUAUAUGAAGCCAUGCUAAGUGGCUCUCCACGAUGCUGACAUUGGCAUAUAGCACUUCUUGGCUCGCUGUUGAGAGGAAUGUCAUGAAGAAUCUCAGGUUGCAGUCACGAGGCCAUACCAAGAUACAGUUUCCUUAGUUGGCGCCAGGGAAGGUGGUGAAUUAAGUUGCAACAAGUCUGCGGAGUAAGAGUUAUGCAGAUAGAGAUGCAAUAUGCUUGCUGGAUCCAUGCUAAGGAAGCGGAUACAUUGGCUAGGCUAAGCAGGAGCAUAGUCUGCAGCUAUUUGGCAAAUGGUGCUCUGCUCAUCUCCCCUGCUUCUCAAGCAUACAAACCCGAUGGAUAUGCUUGCUUGCUUGCUUAUUCGGAGUAGUAUCUGCUGGAAGCUUGUCUGUCGCUGCCUUUGUUGAUUGUUGCUGCAGUUCUAUGGAUUUGAACAUCUGCCAAAGCUCGUGCUCAUGUUUUCUUUGAUUUCCCCGGCCGUUUUUUUCCUUAUUAUGAACUGUUGUUCUGCAUCACAAAACAGAGCUUAAAUAAUUUCGACGAUGCAAUGGCUGGCUAGAGAUUUAUUUAUUUAGUUAUUUGCAUUCGGAGAAAUUUGAUCUUUUAUGAGAUGCAGGAAAUUUAUAGCUGUUCA